UGCGAUCCCCCCUCCCGCGGUUGGAUUCUGCAACUUUCUUGCACCAACUUCCUCCUCUGCGAGCGCAGCCUAGGCGGGCGGCGGCUGCUUCGCUAGUCCCGUCCCAGAUCUGGGGAGACGGCGAUGGGGGCCAAACGGGGAAGAGGCGGCCGGCUGUGAAGAAGGCGAGCCAGCCAGCGAGCGGACCGCGGCAGCCGGCGGGGACGGGAGGAGGGUGGAUCAUGAGCUCUGUCUGGAAGCGGCUCCAGCGCGUCGGGAAGCGAGCGGCCAAGUUCCAGUUCGUGGCCUGUUACCAGGAGCUUGUCGUGGAAUGCACCAAGAAAUGGCAGCCAGACAAGCUGGUUGUGGUCUGGACCCGAAGAAACCGGCGGAUCUGCUCCAAGGCCCACAGCUGGCAACCGGGGAUCAAGAACCCCUAUCGUGGCACAGUGGUCUGGAUGGUGCCUGAAAAUGUGGACAUCAUGGUGACACUCUAUCGGGACCCCCAUGUGGAGGAAUAUGAAGACAAGGACUGGACCUUUGUGAUUGAAAACGAGUCCAAGGGGCAGCGCAAGGUCCUGGCUUCGGUGGACGUAAAUCUCAAACGCUUUGCCAGCCCAACUCCUACCCAAGUCGACCUAAAUCUGAAGCUGAAGCCACGGUCAGUGAAGGUGGUGGCAGCUACACUCCAGCUCACGAUCUGUUGUGUGUUCCUGUACGAGGGGAAAGCCACGGAUGAGGACAUGCAAAGUCUAGCCAGCCUCAUGAGUGUCAAACCCUCUGAUAUCGGCAACCUGGAUGACUUCGUUGAGAGCGAGGAGGAAUCAGAGGAAGCCCCAAAGCAGAGCCAACAGGGAGACGGUGCAAACCAGGGGGUGCCUCCUAAAGGAUUCCUCCAAAACGUGUUGACGGACUAUUUCUCAGACACUUCCCGAGAUUUAAACACGUUAGCAGAAGAAGAUGAGGAUGCCUCGGCCCAGGGCACAAGCAAAGUGGUGUCAGCAACUUCUGUUUCUUCCCAAGCCUUCAGGAAAGAAGCCGUCACUGAGGUACCCAGGAAAGCUGCAGACUCCCUCUCUGGUAGUACCUCCCGCCCGGACGCCCCUCAUUCCGUGGCAGAGUCCGCCCCUGCCAUCUCCACGGUCGCACCCCUAGCAGUAAGUGGUGCAGAUUAUGCUGGGAAUGUGGGAUAUGGAGGGGCAAGCAGUGUGUGCCCAAGAGGAGCGACUAGCAUCCAGAGGGGGACAGGCACCCGGAACCAAGGGACAGGCACUUCCGCAAAACUGGCACAAGCACGGGCUGAAGAGGAGAAGGAAGAGAAGGGGUCUGAGCGGUCAACCGAAUGUCCAGCGUUACCGAGCGCCACUGAAGUUUGGCCUACUGAUGUCUGGAGACCCCGGGAGCAGAACCCUGUAUCUGCACCACCGAGGAAGAAGAAUCUUUCCAAGGGACCUGCCAUACUCAAGGGCAUGCCUGAAUUGCAUUCAGCUGCACCUGAGGCACCCCCUGUGAGGAAACGCCGUGUGGAGAAGGCCCCGGCACCUCCAGGGAGUCCCCAGGCUAUAGUGGAGAUGUCCCUACCCCCAGAGAAUGACUCUCACCCCAUGACAUCUGUUCCCCUGGGGAGCUCAGCGUUGGAGAAGUCCUGCGGAAGCCCAGCGGAAGUGCCCUUCUCUCAACCGCAGUCCCACAGUUCUGUAGUCAUGUAUUUUGUGGAGGAGACAGGCCUGGCUGAACAGAGGCCUGUCAUUGUCACUGGUGAAUCAGGAUCAGCAGGGUCUUCAGAUGCAGCUUUCCUGGCAUUGUCUCCUGUCGUGGGGCUCUCCCCAGUCGCACAAGAUUUUAGAGAGCCACACAGCCAUGAAGCCCAGAGCUCAGGGGAGGAUUGGUCAAUGCCAGAAGCCACCCCUGCGUCAAUGAGUUGUAGUGUUUGGGCAGAAGCGAUGGAAAUGGAGUGUGGGGGAGGAUGUGCAGAGGCAGUGCAGCCAUUGGAACUACCAGUGGUACCCCCAGCAGAGCCGGCAAGGUGUGGGAUGGAGGAGGAACAGCCUGUAGUUGAGCUUUUUGACAGUGAGAGGAAGCCUGUGAUGGGAGAAGCAUCCCUUCUGUGGCUUGUAGCUGAACCAGAGAGAGGCCAGAGAGAGGCUGAAGUCAGUCCAGAGGACUGUGGUACUGCUUCUGGAGGGGAAACUGAGUCCGUACCUUUUCCAGAAGCCUCUCCUCAGAUGGAGAAGUGUUGGGUAGGGGGAGGGUCGGAUGCAGAGAGCUGCCAGGUCUCUGGAGUGUCUGUAAACCCGGUUCUGCCAAAUGAUCUUUCCACAGAAGCCCUUACAGAGCAGGAAGGGCAAGAGGUACAAUGGGAGGUCGAAAAGGACUUUGCAGGUGGCAAACUUCGAAUCUCAGCAGACUCAUUGCCUCCUGAGGAGGGGUGCCAGGAAGAGGUUGCAGGAGUGGGCUGGGCAGAGGCACCAACACCUCCCCUGGCUGUCCUGCCUGAUCCAGAGGUGUGUAGGGGAAAGGAAGAGGACCCAACAGGUGUGGAACACAGUCUCCAAAGCCUGUUAGAGGAUGUGAAGGUUCCUGUCGAAGAGGAGAGAGGAGAGCUGGGUGAUGGAAGCGACGUGGGCCAGAGUAUGGCUUCUAGAGAUGCCCCUCAGCAGGCAGCAGAAGAGGAACUUAGAAGAGGGGAAUGUGUUGCGCCAGAGAAGGAAGAGGAGUAUGGCGAAGGGGAGGAUGGUGGAUGGAAAUUUCCACAAGGUUCUCUGGAGGUCACACUGGCAAAGGCACACAGACCUGUCCAAGAAGCUUUGCCUAUAGAGGUCUUGGAGAGCAGCACCCCCAGCGUGGAAGGGGUGGGGAUUGGCCACGAGGAACUGAAAAGCCAUGAUCUGCUUGACAGAGAAGGUCAAAAAGAAGAAAAGGGAGCUGCCAUGGAGGGGCCGCAUACAGAGCAGACACGAAGGAACAGUGAGGGAGCAGAGGCCUUGGCCACAUCUCCCCCCAACCCAAGCCCCCCAUCACCUCAGGAUACCACCUUGCCCCUCCCAGCUCCCCAGGCCCUCCAGGAGAAACAUGACAAACCUACUCACAAGGUUCUGGUGCCCACCCCCAUGCCCUGUGGCACAACACCGGAUUUCAGAGUUCAAGAGGAGGCCCAGGUUGAUUCCCCUUGCAGCCCAACGCUCGUGAGUUCCAGCCAAUCGUUGUUGGAAUGGUGUCAAGAGGUGACGGCUGGUUACAGGGGCAUCCGUCUUACCAACUUCACCACAUCUUGGCGCAACGGCCUGGCUUUCUGCGCUAUCCUGCAUCACUUCCACCCUGAAAAGAUCACAUAUGAAGCCCUGGACCCACUGGAUAUCAAACAGAACAACAAACUGGCCUUUGAUGGUUUUGCUUCCCUGGGGAUCUCUCGGGUGAUGGACCCUGCUGAUAUGGUUUUCCUGACAGUGCCAGAUCGGCUGAUUGUCAUGACGUAUCUCUGCCAAAUCCGGGCUUUUUUCACCGGACAGGAACUGAACGUGGUGCAGCUCGCUGACCACAGCAGCCAGACCACCUACAAGGUGGGUAAAUUUGAUACGGACUCCUCUGGCUCCGUUGAUCCUGCCAUGUUUUAUUCUCAGCAUCUCCAAGCUGCUGCUUCUCAGCCAGAGGCUGCCAGGAGCCUAGAUGCUGAGGACUCUGGGAUGGCAGUGGCCUCUUGCACCAUUAUGGGGGAAGAUAAAAAAACAGAUGUAGAGGAUCUUCCCCCAAAGCAUACGGGGAGUGUGAAAGGCGCAGACGUUGCAAAGGGCUUUGGGAAUGGAGCUGUAAUGGAGGACUUGAAGGUGGAAGCAGGCAAUGCGGAACCCGUGCUGGUUGCACAGCCAGAGCAGGUGUCUGAAUAUGUGAAUGCUGCAAAGGAUGAUGGGAAGACGGUUGUAAAUGGCACCACUGCCAAACCAGUUGAAGAACUGAAGUUGGAUCUCCUCGGGUCUGUGGACUAUAAAGCAGAGAUUGCAAAGGCUGAUGGGCAGGGUGAAAGUACCCCAAGCUUGCAGCCUUUCCCCAAGAACUCUGUGGUAGAGGCCUCAAGGUCUGAGGAAAAAGCAUUUACAAAUGGUGCUGUUGCCUGUUCAGCCAUAGAAAAUGAGGCAGAGUUUCUGGCUCAAGUGGAUUCUGGGACUGAAUCCUCAAAGCUUGAUUGGGACGCAGUGCCUAACAGUGCCAUGAUCAAUCAAAGUCCUGAACAGAAGGAAGACUUCUCUGCCCCUAGGGAUUCUGGGACUGAAGCCUCAAUGCUUGAUGGGAAGGUGUUGGCUAGCAGUGCCGUGCCCAUCCAAGACACAGAACCAGGAGCUGCAAGGGAUUAUGGGAUAGAAGCUGAAAAGUCUGAUGGGAAACCAUUGGCCAGCAACGGUGAAAAGCUGGUGCCCCCUCCACGGCUAAAGCGGCUUGCCUCCCGGACGGGUGGUGAGCGCCCCCUGCAGCGCACCCUCUCCACAGGGAGCCAGCAGGGGCCUGUAGCCCCACCGCGGCCCCAUGCAGGCAAGUCCACUUUCGCUCAUGUGCGAGAUGCAGACCUGGUAAAGAAGCGCCGUUCGCGGCUCAAGAGCGAGUCCUCUCUGUCAAUGGACGAAACGGAUGUCGGUGGCCCUUCAGAGGAACCCACCAAAAGGCCGGCUGUGGAUGAUAGCCCUGAUGAGAGUUUGAGACUCAGACACGGCUCUGCAAAGGCACAGCAAAAUACAGCUCCUUCCAGCACUACUUCCCAGAACCCGAUCCAGGACUCCAGCCUCAAGAACAGCACCAAUGAAGAGGAGGUUCCGAAGUUCCAGGAUACCAGCCAGUACGUGGUAGCUGAACUUCGGGCCUUGGAGACGGAACAGAGGCAGAUUGAUGGACGGGCAGCCAUCGUGGAGAAGGAACUAAGAGGACUCAUGGAAUCAGGUGCUGACAAAGUGAAGGAAGAGGAGCUGAUCCAGGAAUGGUUCACGCUAGUAAAUAAGAAGAAUGCCCUGAUCCGGCGGCAGGACCAACUGCAGCUUCUGAUGGAAGAACAAGACCUGGAACGGCGAUUCGAACUCCUCAGCCGUGAACUGAGAGCAAUGAUGGCCAUUGAAGACUGGCUCAAAACAGAAGCUCAACAGCAGCGUGAACAGCUCCUCCUGGAAGAGUUGGUGUCCCUGGUGAACCAGAGGGAUGAACUGGUGAGAGACCUGGACAUCAAAGAAAGGAUUGCUCUGGAAGAAGAUGCCAGACUAGAACGGGGACUGCAACAGAGACGGCGCAAGCUCAGUCGCAAGGAGAAAUGCCGCGUCAGCUGAGGCUGGCAAACUAAGUUGCCACUCUUCCACCACCCCACCCCGCACCAUAUACGUCAGUGAGGGGGGAGUUAGCAAAUGAAAGCUCUUCUUGCUCCCUAAAGACAGCCCCUGACCCAAUCCCCACCAGUCUUCACAGGGGCACCCUUCUGCCUUGACACAGUAUUGCGUCCUGCCUGUGCCAAUCAUUACUCACAGUCCUUUGGGGCCUUAAGCUGCUUGUCGCUUGACAUAAGUUAUGCCAAAGAGGAUUGGGGGGGGGUGCAGUCCUGAGCUGCUUUCUUUCUCUUACCCCAUUUCCAAGACUUAGACAAUAUUUCGGAUGGCAUUUUUUAGGGCAGUGCCCAUGAAUCUACUCUCCGGAGAGAGCAGAAACCAGCCUUUUAAAUCUCUCUCUCCAAACUUAGAACCUAUUUAUUCGUGUGCGUGCUUGUCUGCGUGUGAGCUCCCACUCUGGUUUCAAUGGCUGCCUCCUCCCCUUUCCUUCCCGACCAAGGAUGCUGGUGGUUUUUUUUUUUACAAAGCUUUCUUGGGGCUCUGUAUUUUAUUUGUUGUUCUUAUGGAUGGUACAAAAGUCACAAAGUGCCUUCGACUCUCUGACAGUGAUAUUUGAUCAUGCAAAAUUUCAAUUCCCAGUUUUGCACCAACCUUCCCUUCCCCCACCACCCCGCCUCAAGCCCCCAGUUCAGUCUGUUUCAGGUUAUUUGCACUAAAUUUGUACCAGGGUUUGAAAUAAACAUAUCAAAAGACACGAGACUUGAGAAAUUAGUUUAUGGCAAUGCAUUUAUCCAAAGUCCUCUUUGUAUGUUUUACACACACACACACACACACACACACACACACACAUUUUAAAAAACAGCCUGUCACUAGUGAGAUCCUUCAGGGCUGCUGGUCAUGCCACUGUUACAGGAGCCUGCAACCUGUGGUUCCUGCACCAAAUGUGGCUCAGUACAGAACUAAAUAUGACUCUUAAAAAAGAAAAUUUUAAGUUAAAAUAUAUUGGAGGGUAGGUGGGAUGCUAGAAUAACCAGCAUGUGAAGAAAUGGCAGGCAAGUUUUUUUUAAAAAAAUGGGGCUAAAGGGCUUUGUGCCCUGACCUGGAUAGCCCAGGUGAGCCUGAUCUUGACAGAUCUCAGAAGCUAAGCAGGGUCGGCCUUGGUUAGUAAUUGGAUGGGAGGCCUCCGGUGAAGACCAGGGUUGCAGAGGCAGAGAAUGGCAAACCACCUCUGUUAGUCUCUUGCCAUGAAAACCCCACCAGGGGUCACUAUAAGUCAGCUAUGACAUGAGGGCACUCUCUACCACUAAAGGGCUUUGUAGAGAUGCCUUAUGGAAAGGGAAAUGGUAGAAGUGAACAGUUGCCAGGAAUCCACAUGAAAACCAUGCAGAUUUCUGCCACUGCACUAAAGCAAUUUGGCACGGUUCUCCUACCCCAUUUAUGACCCACUGUGAGACCACUCCUGAGCCACUUCUUAAUAAAGGACUUGCAACAAUCAUCA